UUGGUUUUACACCUUGCUCUGCCAGCACGUAGUGGAGGUGGGCAUGCCCUGGACCGGACCCCAGGUGGAGCUUCCUGCUGGCGGAGCAGAGGGCAUGGAACAGUCCAACAUAGACAACCACCCCUUUGAUGGCUCCCUGUUCCCCACCUCCACCCUCAUCCCCGUCACUGUCAUCUGCAUCCUCAUCCUCAUCAUCGGGGUGACUGGCAACACCAUGACAAUCCUCAUCAUCCUGCACUUCAAGGACAUGAAGACCACCACCAACCUGUACCUAUCCAGCAUGGCGGUGUCUGACCUGCUCAUCUUCCUGUGCCUGCCCUUUGACCUGUACCGCCUGUGGAAGUACGUGCCCUGGCUGUUUGGGGAGGUGGUGUGCCGCUUCUAUCACUACAUCUUUGAGGGCUGCACCUCGGCCACCAUCCUUCACAUCAUGGCGCUGAGCGUAGAGCGCUACCUGGCCAUCAGCUUCCCCCUCAGGAGCAAAGGGGUGCUGACCAGACGCCGGGUCCAGUAUAUCAUCCUCGCCCUGUGGGGUUUUGCCCUGGCGUCUGCAGCUCCAACCCUCUUCCUGGUUAGCGUGGAGUAUGACAAUGACACCAACCCGGACUACACUACCGGGCAGUGCAAGCACACCAGCUACGCUAUUAGCUCUGGGCAGCUGCACAUCAUGCUGUGGGUGUCCACCACCUACUUCUUCUGCCCGAUGCUCUGCCUCACCUUCCUCUACGGCUCCAUCGGGUAUAAGCUGUGGAGAAGCAAAAAUGACCUGCGAGGCCCCUGUACUGUGGUCCGGGAACGGUCCCACAGGCAAACUGUCAAGAUCCUGGUGGUGGUGGUGCUGGCCUUCAUCAUCUGCUGGCUGCCUUACCACAUUGGCAGGAACCUCUUUGCCCAGGUGGACGACUACGACACGGCCAUGCUGAGCCAGAACGUCAACGUGGCGUCCAUGGUGCUGUGCUACCUCAGCGCCUCCAUCAACCCCGUGGUCUACAACCUAAUGUCUCGAAAGUACAGGGCUGCAGCCAAACGCCUCUUCCUGCAGCAUCAGCCGCCCAGACCAGCCCAGGGCGGACGGAGACAGCUCUGCAUGAAGGACCACAUCUCCACCCUGAAUGAAAGCCUGACUGGGGUCUGAGGGCCCUCAGGGUUUUUACAGCCGUGUUUGACUUCACCCCCAGGGGAGAGUUUGCAGGCGUCUUUAAAGAUCAGGAGUUGGCGAUGAAGAGUAAACUUGAUGAAGAUGUGUAGAGGAGGAAUGCUUGUUCCGUUUUGUCUUUUAGUGGGGAAAGCAGGGCGGAGCGCUCCAGUGCACUUCAAUGGAAAACCAGAUUUACUACACCUCAGUGGUAUUUUAUUCACAGACUGGAUGAAUGAAGUUACAUUUAAUUUAUGUUUUCACUAAAAUAGGAAUUCUGUGGAUUUCAAGCAAAAAAGUUGCCAUUUUCAUGUUUCAGUGUUACACGUCAUGUAAAAUGAUUUGCGUGUACACUGUGUGCAGCUUCAUGUUGUUCCUUGCUGUGUGUCAGCGCUUACUGGACACAUGCACCAGUUCAGUUCCCAAUCAGUCCACAGCGCUGAUUAGUAAGGGAUCCCCCGUUGGUACAGGAAAGACAGACGAGCUUUAACCACAUUUAAAAUGACUGUUCAUUCAUUAUGUUUAGU